GACACCUUGUUGCGAAUCGACAUUGGCCAAGCCGCCGCUCACCGCUGAGACAGGAGCACGCGAGCAACCCCCCUGUGAAUGUCCACGAAAGAGGAGAAGCCCCAGCUUGCUGGUGUUCGCAUCAAGACCCGCAAGAGGAACAUCGUCGUCCCUCACGACCCACAGUCCUUUGCCGAUGCUCUGAUUGAUAUCAUUGAGGAUGCCCGUGAGGAGGGUACGGAGCACAACAAUGUGUCCAAAAUUCUGGGUGACGCAAACAAGUCGCUAGACAUUGCUGAGCUGGACUUCUCUCGCUACGGCGAUGUGCUGUUUGAGGUGGCGUUUGCGGGGGCGCGCCUCACCACGGGCGGCAACGUGGCCACCGAGGGCAAGAAGCUGGACUUCAACAUUCUGGCCGGCCCUGCCGACCGCGAGGCCAUCCUGCCGUACAUCAAGUGGUUCCAGACGAUGAUCAGGCGGCGCCCCUUCCUGGUCAAGGCCCUGGAGAAUGUGUUGCAGAAGUUUGUGAUGGGCAUGGAGUUCUACGACGAUGAGGGGCGCCGCAAGAUCGCCAUCGCCCUGGCGCGCUGCUUCUCCAUGAAAGUGGGCAUCCUGCCCGACUCCAUCCUGCCCAAGAUGCUGCUGGACCGGCUGGUGCUGCGCGGCGCGGUGCUGCAGUUUGUGACCGAGUUCUUCAAGGACUUCCUGGCUACAGACUCUGUGGAGCACCUGCUGGAGGUGCUGCGCAAGGCCAAGCUGGACAACCGCCUGCUGGAGUUCUUCCCGCAGCAGAAGCGCACCUGGGCCGACUUUGAGUCCCACUUUGCGGCGGCGGGGCUGGACGACCUGGUGCAGUACAACAAGAAGAAGCUGUACGAGCUGCAUUGCCAGGUGCUGGCGGAGACGGUGCAGCAGCUGGUGGCCGACGACCCGCCCGCCUCUGCCACUGCCAUGGUGACGGAAGUGAAGGCGAAGAAGGAGGAGUGGGGGCUGGAGGACAUUGAUGUGGCCAAGAACCUGUUCCUGGGGCUGGUGCAGAGCGUGAUGUCGCACAUUGGCUCCAAGAACACGCAGCAGGUGCAGUUCAGCGUGCUGAAGACCAUCAAGACGUACUCCAAGGCGCUGGCCGCCUUCUGCACCAGCGGGCGCAUGGAGGCCACGCUGCUCAACACCAUCCAGGUGACGUGCUACGAGGACAGCCGCCUGCUCAAGCUGUUUGCGGACAUCGUCAAGAUCCUGUACGACACAGACGUGCUGGGGGAGGACACCAUCCGGUUCUGGUACACCAAGGGCAGCAGCCCCAAGGGCCGCAACGUGUUCCUCAAAAACAUGGAGCCCUUCAUGAAGUGGUGA